AGCUGGUUCCAGAAGAUCUGCCACAUCGCCUAGGAGAUCCCAACACAGCUGAAGAUCUGGACUACAGGUGAACAUGGCAGACAGAGAAGCUGGAGACACCACUAGCGAGGCUGAGGGACGUCCAAAAUGGGACAAUAAGGUCCAGUACAUGCUGACCUGCAUUGGAUUUGCGGUGGGAUUGGGGAAUGUCUGGAGGUUUCCUUACCUGUGUCAGAUCUACGGAGGAGGUGCUUUUCUGAUCCCGUACCUGGUGGCUCUGGUGUUUGAAGGUCUUCCUCUGCUGUACCUGGAGCUGGCGAUUGGUCAGAGUCUGAGGAAGGGCAGCAUCGGCGUGUGGAACUCCAUCUCACCGUACCUGGGCGGAGUCGGUGUGGCCUCCAUGAUUGUUUCCUUCCUGGUGGGUCUUUUUUACAACACUAUCCUGGCCUGGGUUCUCUGGUACUUCUUCCACUCCUUCCAGGAACCCCUCCCCUGGAGCCAGUGUCCCCUCGACGACAGCCAGACAAGUUAUGUGGAGGAGUGCGUUCAGGGGACCCCGGUGAAUUAUUUCUGGUACAGAGAGACUCUGAACAUCACCCCCGACAUCACCUCCAGCGGAUCUCUGCAGUGGUGGCUGGUGCUCUGCCUCGCCACGGCCUGGAGCGUCGUCUACAUCUGCUUCAUCAGGGGCAUCGAGACCAUCGGCAAGGCUGUGUACGUAACGGCUACAUUUCCGUACCUGGUGCUGACCAUCUUCCUGGUGAGGGCGCUCACGCUUCCUGGAGCCACUGACGGCCUGGAGUAUCUCUUUACACCAAAAUGGGACGUCCUGACUAAUCCUCGGGUGUGGUUGGACGCUGCCACUCAGAUAUUCUUCUCUCUGUCUCUGGCGUUUGGAGGCCUGAUCUCCUUCUCCAGCUACAACCCCAAACGGAAUGACUGUGAGCGGGACGCGGUGUUGGUGGGCUGUAUUAACAGUGCUACAUCCCUCUUCGCCUCCAUCCCCAUCUUCGCCAUCCUCGGCUUUAAGGCCACGACCAACAACAACAACUGCUUCCUCAGCAACAUCCUCAAACUGACCAACGAGUUCAACAUCCCCGACCAGAACAUCACCCAGCAGAACUACGACCCCUGGCUGGAGCUCCUGAACGGAACGUAUCCGGACAGAGUGGCUAACCUGAGCCUCCGACACUGCAGCCUCCGCAGGUUCCUCGACCAGAGUGCAUCAGGAACAGGUCUGGCCUUCAUCGUGUUCACCGAGGCGGUGAUCGAGAUGCCUGGCUCUCAGGUGUGGGCGGUGCUUUUCUUUGUCAUGCUCUUCAGCCUCGGUCUGUCCUCUAUGUUCGGAAACCUGGAGGGGGUUCUGACUCCACUGCUCGACCUCAACAUGGUGCCCAAGUGGAUACCUAAAGAACUCUUCACUGGUGUAAUCUGCAUUGUGUCGUUCCUGGUGGCUCUGAUCUUCACUAUGGGUUCAGGGAAUUACUGGUUGGAGAUCUUUAACAACUAUGUGGGCUCGGUCCCCCUCCUCAUCAUUGCCUUCUUCGAGAUCACUGCGGUAGUGCUCUUCUACGGCAUGUCACGGUUCAGUGAUGAUAUCAAGUACAUGACAGGCCGGAGACCGAACUGGUUCUGGAAGAUCUGCUGGAUGGGAAUCAGCCCCAUCAUGCUGCUGGUGGUGCUGGUGGCGUACGUCAUCGUCCAGGGGCAGGAACAUCCCACUUACCCGGCCUGGGACCCCGGUUACGAGCAGUUUCCAGACUCGGUGGUGAUGUCGUAUCCUGAUUGGGUCUUUGCAAUCUGUGUUCUGCUCUCGGCGGUUCCGGUUCUGCCCAUCCCAGCAGUCGCGCUGUACCGCCUUAUUAGACGCCUCACCUGCCCAGAUACCAACAAACUCCAGGCCACGCCCCCUCCAAACCCCUACACCAACUCCGCCUUCGUCCCCGAGAAGUAGAACCCACCGCCCGGGAACCAGCGUGACCUGGAGAACCGGGGGAACCAUAUAAACAGACUGAGAGCACUGCUGCACUGUGAUAAGCUGGAAUAAAGCCAGAAUUCAUUUAUUCAGAUCUCAGUGCAGAGCAUCUAUCAACACUUCAUCGCUAUCAGGACAAAAACCUCAUAUCUCCAAAACAGGAAAAUGCCUCUCCGAAAGGAUGCCAAUGUAAAAAGAUCCCGAGUUAAGUUGGAGCAUUUCUAUUGGUCCAUUUAUCAUCAGCAAAUUCUGAUAGAAUAUAAAUAAUUGUGAAAAGUGUAAAAUAGCAAAACAAUAAAGGUGAAGAUAGAA